AUGGACCCCUGCGGGGACCCAGUGGGCACCCACAGCAACCCUCCUGCCUCGGGGGCCCCUUUGGUCCUGGGGACACGAGUCCUGCCCCUGCUCCCUCUCCUCCUGGCGCUGGUACCUCUCUGUGUGAACACGCCGGCGGCGGUUGCCAAGGGAUCAAAUAACCCACAUGAAGAAACAAAGAGCCUGCAAGGAAUCCCAGACGCAACCGUCCUCCUGGGGAAAAUAUUCCAUUAUCCAGUGCCAGGGUUUGCCUUUCAGGGAAGGAUAACUCAGUACAAGGUCACCUUAGCCAGCGGUGCAGAUUUGCCAAAAUGGCUGGACUUCAACCCCAGCACAAACACACUGCAAGGGCUGCCCAUGGCGGGGGAGAGCGGCGUAUACCUGCUGAACAUAGCUGCCCCUGGAAGGACACAUGCCCCAAAAACACCAAGAGCUGCUGGAAAUUUCACCAUCCACGUUCAGGAUGACACCUUUUUCCUGGACACGGAGGAGAGCCUGAAGCUCAUGCCAAACAGCUACCAGUGUGGGAAGGAAGUCCCCAUCACUUCUGCUGAAAUCAUUCUCUCUACUGGAGCAGAAACCCUGGGAGCACAGGAACGCCUCUACAUCGUGCACACGAUGGCGGAGUAUCUCCACCUGGAUUCCUCCCUCCUAACCCUGUUGCAAUACAGAGACUCAGCACACAGAGGCUCGCAGAGCCUGACCGUACUGGCUGAAGACUCUGGGCACCUUGACUUUGGGGUGAACCAUUACGUAGGUCUCUCCUGGCCCGUGAAGUGUGGAGGGUUUGCUGCGCUUCACGAAUUCAUCCAGGUCCUGCAGCACAACGUUGACUCGCAUCACCUCUCACAGCUGCUAGGGUAUGAAAUUGCUGGCUGGAGAAUACUUAGGAGAGGGGAUUAUGAAAGAAAGUCUCCAAGACGACAACGUAGGCAAUUAAGGAUCACACCAACACCUACAUUAAAACUGACUGGAAUUACCCAGAGAUCAGUUGCAGGAGAUGCUUCCAGGCCUUUGUCCUCUACUGUACCAAGCCACUUACUCACACAACUUGUGGUAUUGCCUACUCAGAGUUUACCAUCUUUCGGUGAAGAAAGUAUAACAAUGGCAAGUUUUAAGAUGGAUAUUUUUCUGCAUCUUGUAAGUCAAGAAAGUUUGCUCACCUUAGAAAUGAACUCCACAUGGGACAUGCCAACUAACCCACCAGCAUCUAUUAUGUUUGCAGACUCUAGUUUUCCAGAUCUUUCACCUUCACUGACUACUAAAACACUUCUCUUCAAUGAACCAGAAGUGCUGCCUACUGGAGCUUCUGGCAUGUCCUUGCUGGUAGAGCAGCUGAAGCCUCAUGUGCCUGAGAUGGACUCAUAUUUUCUUUCUAGUAAAUCAGAAGUAUCCACAUACCAUUUCCUACAGGACGUCACUUCAGACACAGACCAGCUUUCCAGGCCCAUGUACACUUGGGUGAUAAACACUCUUCAUGAAUGGCCUCACAGCUCAGCAGAGGCAUUUCCUUCUAAGACAGAAUUCCAUGUAUUUUUGUCAGGAGCAAUGUCAGUCUCAGAAGUGCCAGAUUACAGCAAAGUUCCAGAACUUGAAAUGCUUGCUAGUGCAUCCCUCUCUCCAGAAACAGUCCCUUUGCUAUUCCCAAAAGCCUCAGUAAGAGCCACAACUUUACCUGACUUCACCCUUCCCAUCGAUGACACCUUUCCCCCUGUGCUAGCAAGUGGCAGUCUGAGCCAGCUAUCUGCCAGUAACUAUGACCAGUUAUCUAAACCAUUGAUGACUACCCCACUGCCCAAUGGGUUCCCAUUUGCCGGAGGCAAAAGCCCCGUUUCUCCUGUAACACAGAAAGAAGCACAGACCCUUCAUCCCAAAUUGAAUUUCAGCCACGCAGCCUCAGCCUGCUUUUCUAACACGUUACAUGGCACUUCCCCUAGUAAAGCUGAAGCACCUUGUGAACCAAGACUGAUCACUCUGUCCCAUUCUGAUAGCACUCCAGCUCUUACUCUACCAACAAAUACACUUCAUUCUUCUUACGGCGGCAGCAUGCUCAGACCAGAGAUGCAGUCUGCAAGUGUUUUAUCCAGCAGCACGAAGGAAUGGUAUUCAGACAGAGAUCUGGAAACAAGAAGGAUUCUGCCAAUCAUCACGGAGCCUACCCUGGAGUCACACAACAUCUCAGCCAUCAAGCUGGAUGCUGCAGAAGCACCUCUGGAGACUUUAUUCAAUUCCACUUCUUAUGUGUCCAGCAGCAUACCAGGAGUGGCUCAGACACUACUGCCAUCGCACCAGGACCCAAGCACCUUGCUGUUUCCCACAUCUGGAAGGCCACAGUCUGUGGACAGCACAUGGAUUCUUCCUCCAUUUUCUGUUUCACAAGAGCUGCAGAAUAUAACCCCAGGGCAAGCAAACACUUCCCCAAAGGUUGUUCAUUCCAUUAAAUUCCUAACAGCAACUAUUGGAUGCCUCUUCUUUUUUCCUAUACCUGCCAAUACAUUUUAUGAUGAGGAAGACGGCAACUCAACUCGGUUAUCUCUACAAAUCGUUCCAGCUGAUGGCUCUCCAUGGGGAUCAGAAAGCUGGCUGCAAUUUAACACCUCUCAGCAAACCAUGCAUGGCUAUCCUCUCGAGAUCGAUCUCCAGUAUUCACCUCAGGAGUUUGUGCUGUCUGCCACAGAUUCAGGAGGACUGACUGCCCGGGAAUCCUUCACCGUUGAUCUUCUGAAGACCACCGACGUACCGUGCCACCUUUACACCGUCAGAACAAAAAACAGCUACUACUCUUUCCUGAGAGAGAGAAAAAGGAUUAGUUUGUUUCUAGAGAAGCUCUCCCUCUAUUUGAACUCCAGCAGUCCCCAAGACAUCGUGGUGACCGCUCUCAAACCCGGGUCCACGGUAAUCUCAUGGUAUAACCGUUCGCUAUGUACAAGUGCCAACACAUCUUCAUGCUGGUGCGCUAAAGAUGAAAUCCAGGAAGCACUGGAGAAGUUAAGAGUGCCAGGUGGGCAUGUUAGCCCACACUUUGUCCAAGCAAUGUUGCCAGAAUACAAAAUUGAAGUAAUUUUCAACAUUUCAUACAGCAAAGUCUGCUUUUCCAGUACAAAGCCAUUCAAUGGGUCUUUCAGCAGUACUGUUCCUACACUUCAAGACAAGAAUGACACCCGGAUUAGGAAGACCCCAUCUGCCUUACUAAGCAGUCUCUGUGUCACUGUUGGGGUGGUCCUGAUGCUAUUGGUUUACUGGUUUUGCAAGUGUCACAGGAAGAUUCCCAGACCACAGUCUGUGACAUUUCAGAGGAACUCUCACUUGAGCCAUGCCAACGUAGAACUGGAUGUCCUGAAGCCUCACAAAGCACCUGUACAAGAGUGCAGGGCUUCACUUUCACCUCAGUUAUGGAUACCACCUUCGCCAUCACUUAUCUCCCACAAGCAGUAUUCUAGGUCAAUACCACUGCCUCACAUCAUACCAUCCUUCCAGCCACCAAAAUACCAACUCCCUCCCUGUUAUCAAGAGGGUACGACUACCCAAAAUGACCAGGGCAAUAUCUAUUGACUUAAGAUUUUUUUUUUUUAAAUGAUAUUAAAUCUACAAAAAGAGAAUUUGUACUAGAAUGCAUUAUCCUUAUCACUCAGAAAAAAAAGUCACACGCAGUUAGUGAUUUCAUCAUUUUUAAAUUCAAAUUAGAACACGCUUAACCUAUGCCUGAGAAAGAGGCAGUAGCGAAAACAGAACCCUGGAACUAAGUACUAGACUCAAAUCACAGAAUCACAGA